AUCUAUGGGUUAGCAAUGGCGCUAAUAAGUCAGUGUUGCUGUAUUUUGGCUGCUUUUUACGACGACACUUCCCAAAUUAUGUCGCUCGGGUCCAAUUUAAUUCCAAUGACAUAUGGUCAUUAAUACAACGGAAUUGAUACGUACAGUAAUAAAAUACAAGAGAUUUGGUUGUGCGUUCUGUUCAUUGCUCCAGCUAAGUGCUAACAUUAGCCCCACGGUUGUGUUGUGACAUAGUCACCUUCUUUGCUUCCUUCCAAAGUUUCAAGUUUAAAGGAUUAAAAAGAUGGAAACGAACGUGCCGAAAAGACGAGACAACAAGAAACCGCUCCGCGUGAAGGUCAUAAGUCUCGGGAAUGCUGAAGUAGGAAAGAGUUGUAUCAUUAAACGUUACUGUGAGAAGAGGUUUGUUCCCAAAUAUUUGGCCACAAUUGGAAUUGACUACGGGGUCACCAAGGUGCAAGUUCGUGACAGAGAAAUCAAGGUCAAUAUCUUCGACAUGGCUGGCCAUCCAUUCUUCUAUGAAGUGCGGAAUGAGUUCUACAAAGACAGCCAGGGAGUGCUGCUGGUGUACGAUGUAGGUCUCCGGGACAGUUUUGAUGCCCUGGAGAGCUGGCUGGGCGAAAUGAAACAGGAAAUGGGCUCUCAGGCCAACAUGGACAGCAUUGUGUUUGUGGUCUGCGCCAACAAGGUUGAUCUAUUGAAGCGACGCGUGGUGGAUGAGGGGGAGGGGCGUCUCUGGGCAGAGUCGCGGGGCUUUCAUUACUUUGAGACGUCGGCACAAAGUGGAGAGGGUAUCAACGAGAUGUUCCAGGCCUUCUUCUCCUCCAUCACUGACAUGUGUGAGAAUGGCGGUAAGCGUCCUGUCACAGAGGUCAGUGUGGGGUUCACCAAAGAGCAAGCAGACACUAUCAGACGUAUCAGAAACAGCAAGGACUCCUGGGAUAUGCUGGGGGUCAAACCUGGCGCCACACGUGAGGAGGUCAACAAGGCCUAUAGGAAGCUGGCAGUACUGUUGCACCCAGACAAAUGUGUGGCCCCUGGCAGCGAAGAUGCUUUCAAGGCAGUGGUGAACGCACGCACUUCACUGCUGAAGAACAUCAAAUGACACAACACACACAACACAUCUAGUUUCACUGUUCCUAAUUCAUCAGCACUUUGGGUCCCACCUCUUCUGUACCAUACUACACUCGCUGCCAACCCCAUUUUACAACAUCUCUCAGUGCGUGCACUUAUGAAUAUGUAACAGCUUACAUUUAACGUUUUCAUCUCACUAGUAGAAUUUCUCUUAGCAAAGUUUUUUUUUUUUUAAAAGACAUUUGUCAUUUCUUUUUGCAUUUGUCGCAUGUUUGUGAGCAAGUGCAAAGCAGUCGCCAGCAAAAGCAGAACAAAAGUCAGUGUCUCCGUGAAUGCCAGUAAUAUUACAAACGUAAAGCUAAUUUAUUCUGAAUUCAUUUUAUUUAUUAUAUUAUUACAUUUGGAGAGUUACAUGGAUUGAAAUCUACCUCCAAAAUGUGUUUGCAUUCUGAAUAAAUGCAAAUGCAUCAGUUUGCCUUGCUAAUUAUGCAUGUUGUAUUUAAAGGAGGCAUUUGCAUUUUUUUUUACACAAUUUCCAACUGUCUUAACAUGCCUGUGGUAUGCUUUCAUCAAAAUCAACCAAUAUACAGUUGAGAUACAACAUACAAGUUUCACUUUUUGAAACAAAAUCUUUAAUGAAAUGGACUUUCCCUCGAUAUUGAUUUUUUUUUUUUAAACUUACCUGUACUUUCAUCUGAAAGUCUUUUUGAGUUGGUGGUCAUGUCACUUAAAUGAGCGAUCAUUCAUCUACCGUGGAAGCAAGGGCGAGUACAGAUUUUGUGACAGUAACAAUCCAGGGCAGAGCUAAUGGGUUAUGGCAAUGGGUGGGGUGGGGGUCGGGGGAUUUGGGGAGUGAAUGUUCUUAAACAGAAUAAAAGCAUUUUCAGUCAUGGAGGCAGCACUUCGCACACUACCCUUUAUAUCCCAUGUCAUUACAUCUAUUUCCGGGUGGCAAGAACUCCACUGUCACCACAAGUAAACUAACCCAUUUGCUUUUCAACAUUUGAAAAUAGAAAUAGUAGAAACUCAGACAGAGGGCCUCUGGAAAGUCUAACCUCUUAAUCUUUUAUACAACAGGAUUGUUUCAAAUGAAUUUCACCCCUCUUAAAGCAAGGGGUGUCACAAUUUA